AUUUAGUCAAAUUUUCACCAAUACUAGAAAAAAAUUGUGAUUGUGUAUGACAAGAAGUCAUUACCAGUAGCAUCCUUCUGCUUCUGCCUUGCCUUCCAAUGAAGACGCCAUUUUAGGCCUAAUUCUUGUUCUUGUGUAGAUGCAGAUGCAGAUGCAGAUGCGUAACAGUAGAAAGCCGGGAACUUUGAUUACACUCUCCAAAAAAACCUCUCUUUUAACUAGAACUCUCUAUCUAAUCCUUCUCUUUGGGGUUUCCAUUUUCCUUUUCCUCUUUUAUUCCAAGGAUAUCUUUCAAGAUGAACAAAACCCAUUUUUCUUUAAUGAUUCUCACCAUCAAUCUCUAAAGAUAAGAAAUCCUGGUGUUGAUGAGAAGCUUUUGGGUUCAACAUUCAGCCGCGGCCUACACCCUUGUGUUAAGCCUACUUCUAAAUACAAAGCUGCUCAAGAGUCUAACCUCUAUAUAACUGUGAAAUGUAAUGGAGGGUUGAAUCAGAUGCGUACCGGUAUUGCUGAUAUGGUGGCUGUGGCACGCAUUAUGAACGCAACCUUGGUGAUUCCGACUCUGGAUAAACGUUCAUUUUGGCAGGAUUCAAGUGCAUUUGGGGACAUCUUCGAUGAGCUUCAUUUCAUCAGAAGCUUGCAGCAGGAUGUGAGGAUUGUGAAAGAACUUCCUAGACAUUUGGAAUCUGUUCCACGAGCCCGCAAACACUUUGGUUCCUGGUCAGGGAUGAGCUAUUAUGAGAAUAUGACUCAUUUGUGGAAGGAAUAUCAGGUGAUUCAUGUUGUAAAAUCAGAUUCUCGGCUUGCGAACAAUGAUCUUCCUCUUGACAUUCAAAGGCUCAGAUGUCGUGCUCUGUUCCAUGCUUUACGUUUUUCUCCUCCUAUUGAACUUUUGGGGAAGACGCUAGUGGAGCGACUAAGAUCUCGUGGUGGUCAGUACAUUGCUCUUCAUCUUAGAUAUGAAAAAGACAUGCUUGCUUUUACUGGAUGUACCUAUGGUCUCUCUGAUGCCGAAUCUGAAGAGCUGAGGAUUAUGAGGGAGAAUACACGCCACUGGAAGAUAAAAAAGAUAAACUCCACUGAGCAGCGGAAUGCUGGCCUUUGUCCAUUAACACCACGGGAGGUUGGCAUUUUCAUUAAGGCUCUUGGUUAUCCUGCGUCCACGUUGAUAUACAUAGCAGCCGGAGAAAUUUAUGGUGGUGCAAGGCGACUAUCAGAGCUGACCUCCCGGUUCCCUAAUGUAGUUUUUAAGGAAACGCUGGCGACACAAGAUGAAUUAAGACUUUUUUCCCAUCAUGCAUCUCAAACUGCAGCAAUUGAUUAUAUCAUCUCUCUGGAGAGUGAUGUGUUCAUUCCAUCUCAUUCGGGUAACAUGGCAAGAACAGUUGAGGGACAUAGGCGGUUCUUGGAGCACAGGAAGACAAUUACCCCAGAUCGGAAGGGUCUCAUUGAAGUGUUUGAUAAGUUGGAUUCUAGGUAUUUAGAGGAAGGGCCAUCUUUGUCCCGUAUUGUCAAGAAGAUACACAGGAACAGACAAGGAACUCCGAGAAGAAGGAGCGCCCCCCCACCCGGAAUUAAGGGAAGAGCUAGAUUCCGAUACGAAGAAUCGUUUUUUCAGAAUCCAUACCCGGAAUGUAUAUGCAAUUCCGGGGACCAUUUGAAUACAUCUUGAACUCAGAAAUAUUCCACGAUGCUGAAUUUUUGAACAAAUUUUGGACAAGGCUUGAUCUAAUCACGAACGAGGGAUAUUGGAUUUUCUACAGUAUGUCUCCCUUUUGUUGUAACUUGUAUAAUUUUUUCUUUUCAUUUCGAUAACAUUCCCAUUUGUUAAUUCAUUUUCAUUGUGGGACAUUGUUUGGUUAAAGGGCUGUGUUUUGUAAAUGAACGUUAAUACUUCAAAGUUAAGCUCUACAACAUUGUUGUUGUAUCUUUUAUGAAUGAGAAUGGGAAACUUGAUGCAUUUAGGCAAACUUAGACUGGAGGAGAGCGAAGAGAAUAUAACUGAACUCUGGUUUGGUUGCAAGUUUCACUUUUUGCGAUGUGGGAUUUAGUGGCAUUAAAAAAAUGUCGUUGAUUUAUAUCUUUAGUGUAAUAAUUAUUGGUUUUUUUAUUUUAAGUUACUACAAAGUGAUUUAGUGGCUCUUUAUUUGACUUCUAGUGGCAAAUGUAAUUGUUACUAUAGCCUAUAGUGACAUUUAUGAGAAAUUGUCAUUAGAUCCUACGUCGUGAACAGCUUUGGUAUGAUUUUUUAUUAUGUUGUUAAAAGGUCCAAUAAAUGUCGCUAAAUCCAUUAUAUACACCAUUAGAAAUAUAAAGUAGUGUCAUUUAAGUUAAAUGUCACUGAAUAUAUCCCACUAAAAAUAUGUUACGUUGUAGUAUUUACAAUGCAUAUUUUCAGAACUUGAUCUUCAAAAUAACAGACUGAGCCUGUUUCGAAUUCUCACAACUAAACCACAAAAUUGAUUGACACGAAGAAGAAAGACCCCAUGAU